AUGUCCUACUGGAGAACUCUCUGGACUUGGCUCUCGUGGCGCAUCAGCACCAUCCUCCACUCGGGCUGGACAGGUAUCUUCUGGGUCCAGCCCCACUGGGGCGUCGACGAUAUCCCAGACCAGACUGGCAAGGUGGCUCUCAUCACUGGCGGGAACUCUGGCACUGGAUACGCCACCGCUCUUGCUCUUUACAACGCUGGCGCCACCGUCUACAUUGCAUGUCGCGACCUGACUCGGGCCCAGGAAGCCGCAGACGACAUUAUCAAAGGUGGUGACCGGGGAAUCUGGGGCGUUCGCUACCCCAAGCAAGGGGCACAGCGGUCUAAGAAGGAGAAAGACAUGAAAGACAAUGGACAGAGGACGAAGGGGAGGAUCGAGAUCAUCCAGCUAGACUUGGCAGAUUUGGCAAGCGUCGACAAGUGUGCUGACGAGUUUUUGUCCAAGGAGAAGCAUAUCGACUUGCUCUAUUGCAAUGCUGGAGUGAUGGCCACCAACGAGGGUCUGUACACCAAGCAAGGCUAUACGCUUCAAUUCGGGACCAACGUUCUCGGACACCAUCGACUCAUCACUCGCCUCCUCCCUACACUCCUUCAAAACGGCCCCCAAGAACCUGCCCGAGUCAUCAUCACAUCCUCUGCCGGACAUGGCUUUGCCCCUCCAAACGGCCUCGAUGUCCCUUCUCUCACUCGGUCACCUGAAGACCCUCCUCUUCCCGCUUCCUCUUCUUCUAUCAUCAAAGCUUCAAGAGGCAAAGAUGAGCUUGAGAAAUGGGCCGCGUAUGGACAGAGCAAGUGGGGAGAUAUCGCCCUUGCCAGGUGGCUGGAGGACACGUAUGGAAAGCAAGGACGGCUGAUUAGUGUGGCUAUCCACCCUGGAUUGAUCGCUUCAAACCUGGCAAAUCACCUUCCUGGCGUUGGCUUCCUUCUCAAACUUACCGCUUACGCUCCCUGGAUCUGGAAUGUGAUUACUAGAUCUCCUGCUACUGGUGCUCUGAACCAACUCUAUGCGGGUACCAUUCCACUUCCUUUCGCCUGGUAUCUCAAUGGGCAGUAUGUCGUUCCCUUUGGGGUUGUUGGUGAAAUGCGCCCCGACCUCUGGGAUAUCAAGAACGUACACCAAGUCUGGGACUGGUGUGUCGAACAGGGGAGAAAGUUCAACUAG